GGAAUCUUUCUCCACUCCAUAUUUCCACUGCCGAAGCUGAUUUCUGAAUGCUUGUACUGAUUUAGCAAAUCUUACUUGCUUAUCUUCUCAAUUAGUGUUUUUCUUCUGUAUGGACUGCUCAAGAUUCGGUUAGGUUGUGGUGUGUUAGAGUUCACGGAGAUAGAUUUUUAUGAUAGAGAUAUAGCUGUGGUAGUGAUGAUCAACAUAUUCUUGUAACCUAUAUUGAGCAAAGUGUCUGUUUCUGGGAUGGCCUCGACAAGUGGCUCUAGAGGUCCGGUGAGUUUGCAACAAAGAGUUGUUAGGAUUCAGCAUUCUACCAAGGAGAAUGAUCACAAAUCUACUAGUGAGCCAAAGGUGAUUGAUCUUGAGCAAUCAGUUGAUCCUGAUGAGGUGUGUCUGAUUUUGCCUAGAGAAGAUGCUGAGUCCAACAAAUCUGCUAAUAAUGAUUUUGAUACCUCAGAGUCCAAUAUCUCUUUCUCCGGGUCUGAAAGGGAAUCUAAAGCUCAAGAUCUUGAGCUAAUCAACAUUAGAAGUUCACUGGAACCUUCCUUUGAUCAGGGAAAGGAAUCAUCUGGGAUAGGGAGUGUAAUAGUUAGUUAAUUGAGAGUGGAAAGAGCAGCAUGUGUUGGGAAAGUACAAGCAGUGAUGUCAGUAAUGAGAGCACCUCUAGCACCAGCUUUAAUAGCAGCAUCAAUAAGCCUCACAAAGCAAAUGAUGUUCGAUGGGAAGCCAUCCAAGCUAUCCGCUGCAGGGAUGGUGCAUUGGGUUUGAACCAUUUCAGGCUCCUAAAACGGCUGGGUUGUGGAGACAUUGGCAGUGUUUAUCUGGCUGAGUUGAGCGGAACUAAAUGUUACUUUGCGAUGAAAGUAAUGGACAAGGCAUCUCUAGCAAGUCGCAAGAAGCUUGUUCGUGCUCAGACAGAAAGAGAGAUAUUACAGUCCCUAGACCAUCCGUUCCUUCCUACUCUGUACAUCCAUUUUGACACUGAUAAGUUUUCAUGUCUGGUGAUGGAAGUCUGUCCUGGUGGAGACUUGCAUACUCUUCGUCAAAGGCAACCAGGAAAGCACUUUUCUGAGCAAGCAGCCAAGUUUUAUGUUGCUGAAGUGCUGCUAGCUCUGGAGUAUUUGCACAUGCUUGGUAUUGUUUAUCGUGACCUUAAGCCUGAAAACAUUCUUGUUAGGGAUGAUGGACAUAUAAUGCUCUCAGACUUUGAUCUUUCUCUUCGUUGUGCUGUUAACCCAACUUUGGCAGCUGAGGCGUUUGCUGUUUGGUAUUUGUUUUGAGAAAAGGUGGGAGUCGAAUGAGUUGGGCUGGGCGAGGGAGAAGGAGAAGGAGAAGAAGAUGGGGACUCUGUCAUCUCCAGCUCGGUA